CGGCGUUGAGGUCAGCCGCGCCCCACGGCCCCGGAGCCCCUGAGCGGUGGCGGUGGCCGUGGCAGCGACGUCUCCACGGCGGCCAGUGUCCCGGGCCCGUCCCGCUCGGGGUGCUCGGGGGGCGGAGCGUCGGGCUCGGUCAGGCAGAGGAAGAUAUUGACUUAUUAGAUGAUGCCUGUAAUUCUUUUGCAACUGACUUGCCAUCAGGAACUAUUGACCACAAGAAAUACAUCAGGUUUUCUAAAACAAUAGAGAAGAAAAUUUCACCAGAAAUUAGGAGUUUGAGCCCAGAAUAUAAAAAAAUGUUUGAAACAUCAAUAUUCCUUUGUGGAGAAGAAAAGUCCUCUGAUUUGGCAGAAGAAAAAAAAGUCAGGAAAAAGAGUUUACAAAUACAACAGCACAGCAAGAGAACUGAGAUUGGCCUUCCUUUUCUGAAGCUAUCAAAAGAGAAGGUGACUAGGAAAGAAAACUCUUUACGCAAGUUGCCGAAUCAGUACAGCGUUGACAAGACUUCAUCACCUCUUUGUACAUCUUCCUCAAUUACUCGGGGCAAGAAAAUGCUCUCUAACCUCUACCUGACAUUAUAUGAUGAAGUAACCCAUGGAUAUUUAUACUCCCAAGAAUUAAGUGCACUUCAUAAAGCCUGUAAAAUUUUUAGUAAAAUUCGAAGUGGUAAGAUUUAUGUGAAUGAUCUUCCAGUGAUCCUUUGCAUCUUCAGAAUUUCUAUAAGUAAUUUAGAAAUGCGACGGGCACUAAAGACUAUUGAUAUUGAUGUUAAUGGAAUGCUGGAUUUUUCAAAUUUUCUUAAAGCUGUGACUGAUGUUUCUUAUUUGGUCUCUCAGAAUCCAGCAUUCCAGAAUGCCUUGAAGAUUUUCUGUAGGAUAAAAUGUGGUCGAGUUUUAAUUGAUGAAGUGUUUGCUGUUUUGGAUAGCAUGGAUAUUCCUAUAAACCCUGAAAUUUUUGAAGAAGUGAUAAAACAUACUUAUAUUGACAGUAACCACAUGGUGGAUAUUGGGGAUAUUAUAUUUAUUUUGAAUGAACUACAGGAACAGUAUGAGGAAGUUCCAAUUACAGAGGGAUCAACUUUGGAUGAAAUUACUUCAGACAGAAAGUUAUCAAGUGUAGCAGGAUGCUAUCUACAAUGUAAGAAGAAAAACAGUUUGUCUUCUAAACUCCCAGAACCUUCAAUAUCCAAAAAGUUAAAUAAAAAAAGCCACCAAUAUUCUAGCAAAAUUAUGGAGGAGACUGGUGGCCUUGAAUCUAAAAGAUCAAAAAAUGCUUGGGAAAUAAGAAAAUUUCUGGAUGGGGUAGGCAGCAGUAAUGCAGGAGUCCAAGAACCAUAUUCAAAGAAUGGCAUAAACUUUAAAAAACAAUCAGAGAAGGGUGAAAUUCAUGACUCAAAGUCUAAACCACAAAGCUUGAAGAGUAGUGCAAGCCUCAGUAAGUCUCUGGAUAAAAGUAGUAUUUCUAGUAUCCCAAAACUUCAGAAGUCAGCUGUGAGAAAUUGUUCCAGCCUCCUAAAACAAGUUUCGUCUAUGGAAAAAACUGCACUUAAUGCUCUGGAAAACUUUCCUGAAGCUGUCAGUGAACCUCAAGAAAAUUACUUUGCUGCAGAAGGACUUCAGUCUAUUUUGCCUUCAAUAGGAAUUGCUUUAUUAGAUAAAGAAUUCCAGAAGAUUGUGACAGACACUACUAGAAAUGGAAAUGGAAUGGUGAAGUUAGAUGACUUUAUAAGUGCUCUCGCCAAGGAGCAAAGUGUUCCUGGAUGCAAUACGUUGCCUGGUGUCAUUAAAGCCAUUGAUAAAAUUAAAAAUAAAAAUGUGGAUUAUGAGGAUCUAAAUACUUGUCUUCAAAAUUUUGGUAUUUACCUUUCUAAGCCAGAAUUUAAGAAGAUCACAGAAUUGAUUGAAGCUGGUGAAACAGAAAAAGUAAAUUUUAAAGAAUUCAUUGAUACUAUGAUGAGCAACGCAGAAUGCUUCUCUGAAAAAUUAUUAUUGCCUGAUGCUAUUGAAGCCCUCGACAAUCUCAGAAAGGAGACGAUGAGUGUUUCUGACCUGUGGAAUACUCUGUCUAGUUUGAAUACUCAUUUAAAAAAGGAUGAAUUCCUAGAGGCAUUGAAAAUAGUGACAGUUGAUGAAGGUGAUAAAGUACAAUUUGAAGAAUUUGCAAAAGUAGUAAAGAAUAUGCGUGAUGCCUCCAGGUUAAAGGAGUUACAAGAAGUUGUCUUAGCUGCUGAUUUGCUUGAAGGUGACAUGAUAGCUGGGAAGAACUUGGAAGACUUUCUAAGAAAUAUUGGUAUUAAGUCACCUAAAGAAGAGGCAGAGAAAAUUCUUCAAUCAGAUUUUGUUUCUGAAGAUAACAUGGUGAACAUUAAAGACUGUAUGAAGGCUUUGAGGGACACCCAGAAAUUUUCCAAUUAUAUUGCAUUGAAUGAGACUAUCAAUACAUUGGACUCCAUGAAAGAAAAUUGUCAGUUUGACAAAGACAAAAAUCCAGAUGUACUUGAAAACACUGAUAGGCUUUCUUUUACUGAUGACAUUCUUCAGGAAAUAAUGGGUGACUCCUUUGUUGAUGGUUUUAGGAAAGAGGCUUCAGAUCUAAAAUUACCAACGGUAAAUGAGAUUAAAGAAGCCGCUUACAUCUUGUCACAUGUUGAUAAUGCCAAGAUUGGUAUACCUGACUUGGAGCAUGCCUUAAAAUGUUUGAAUGUUAAUUUAACUGAGGAAGACUUCAAGGAAGCCCUUAACUGUUGUAACAUCAGUGAUAAUAUGGAGGUGGAUUUAAAAGAUUUCUUAAUGAAAAUGAAAGAAAGUCCAUAUUUCCAAAAGUCCAAGGCUACACAGAUACUCCUAGCUACUGCCCAAAUUCUCCAGAAUGAUCUAAUUGAUGUCUCUGACCUCAAGACGUUAUUAAUGGACAACGACCUUCAUACAGCUAAUGCUGUACUUACUGUAAUGUUAAGACAUGUACCUGAACAUGAAAGUGGCAAGGUUACCAUUCAAGAAUUUAUGACUAAAUUCUCUGAUAUAUUGACAAUUCCUGAAGCUGCAGAAGAUAAAUUUUACAACAACAGCAUUCACAAAAAUGAUGUUACAGCCAUUUCUGGUCUCCAGGAAAAUUUAAAUGCCAUAGGAAUCUGUCUGACGGAUGAUAAAAUACAGAAAGCUUUGGAUAAUACUAAUCCUAAUGAUGAAGUGGUGCAUUUUAAGGAUUUUAUCAAAGAAUUGGCCAACACUGAUGAAUUUAUUGAAUGCCAAAGAAUAGAAGAUGCAUGUAACAUUGUUAAUAGUAUCUGUGAUGGAAAAGUUGGAAUUAAAGACCUUUUAUCCACUUUGAAGAGCCUGGAAAAACCUUUAAAUGAAGAACAAUUUAAGGUCUUAUCAAACCAUGCAACAGAUGAAAGAAAUGUGAUCUUAAAAGAUGUAAUUGAUGUUUUCACUAAUUCACCUAACCCAUCAACACCAUUCGACAAUUUACUUAAAGAGAUCACAACUCUUGAUAGUAUCAGAAAUGAUACAAUGCCUGUAAAUGAGCUGAGCUCCAAACUCUUGAGUGCUGGCAUUCCAAUAAGCAACAAGACAUUCCAAGAGCUCUUGAGACAAGCAUCUGUUGAUGAAAAUAGUAAUGUAAGUCUCAAGAAAAUUUUGGAGAAUGUGAACAUAAAUAAGCCAGCUUCUGUAUUUGAAGAUAUAGACGCAGCUCUCAAUACUGUCAACUUGAUGAACUGUGACAGAGUUCAACUUAGUGACUUGAAAAAUGCUUUUGAUGACCUCAAUAUUUCCUUAAAGCCUGAAGAACAUCAGAUGUUAGUGAAAACACUUGAUGCUGAUGAAAAGGGAGACACUUCCCUAAAGAGUGCACUUUUCGCAUUGAAAAGCAAUAGGCGUUUACAAGAUUUCAGAGAGGUUAACAAACUUGCAAAGGCCUUAGACAAAGUCACCAAUGAAAAACUUGAUGCUGAUGAUGUUAAUUCUGUACUGAAAGGCCUGGGGAUUUAUUUUCCAGAGGAAGAAUUACAGGAGGUGCUUGGAUCCAUUUGUGUGGAUAAAGAGGAGAAAGUGAACUUAAAAGAUUGCCUGAAUCAGUUGAUGCAAAUGCUGUAUUUUACUGAAGGUUCAAAAACAGAAGACUCCUUGAAAGUUCUGGCUUUCAUUAAGAAAAAUGUAGCUAACCCUGAUGACCUAGGCCUCAUAAUGGAAAAUGUAGGAGUUCCAUUACCCCAAGAUGUGAUUCAAAGAACACUGAACAAUGUGGCUCUCAGUGGAGAGAAGAUUGAUGUCAGUAACGUGGAUGCUAUUCUGAAAAACAUGGAUAUAAAACUUACAGAAGAAGAACAACAAUAUCUACUAGACCACCUGUCUGCUACUGCUGAUGAAGAUAUGGAUAUGAAUACAUUGACAGGGGUUGUGAAGAUGCUUAAAGAAAAAAUUGAGAUCUGUAACCUGGACAAUUUCCUGGAAGAUAUGGGGAUUGAGCUUACAUAUGAGGAACACAGAGAGCUAGUAAAUCGUCUCCCAACCAGUGCUGAUGGGAAGAUAAGUCAACUUAAACUGAUGGAUACCAUAAAGACUCUUAAAGGAGACAAGAUUAAUACUAAAAAGCCUAACAAUAUUCAGAAGAAGUUGGGAUUGGAACUCACAAAUAAGGAGUCUUGGAAUCUACAAGAACAUUUACCAGUUGAUGAGGGGAAGGUUGAUAUCGAUAACCUUGAUACCAUUCUAGAGAAAAUGGAAAUGAAUUUCUCUGAUAAGGAAUUUGAAGAGCUGUCACACAAUUUGCCAGCUGAUGAGAAAGUGAAACAUAUUAAACUGUUGCAUGCAGCUAUACCUGUUACAGGAGAGACAGUAGAUAUCAGAGACGUGGACAACGUACUAGCAAACAUGGGGAUUGAACUCACCAAAGAAGAACUUGGAGAGCUGACAAGAAGCCUUCCAGUUGAUGGAGGAGAAGUUGACUUCAAUGACCUGGAAAAUGUCCUGCAAAAUAUGGGGAUAGAGCUCACAUCUAGAGAACAGUUGGAGCUAGAGAAAUUACUUCCAAUUGAUGCUAAUGGAAAAAUAUAUAAGAAUAGGUUGCUGAACUGUGUGAAAUAUAUAAAAGAGUUGCAAGUCAAUGUUCAUGACAUUGACAGUAUACUCGGAAACAUGGCACUCAAACUCCCAGCUGAGGAACUUAACGAUCAGACCUCAAAUCUACCAGUGAAUGGAGGGAUUAUCGAUGUCACUGAACCGGACACUGUCUUGCAAAACAUGGGGAUGAAACUCACAGGAAUGGAAAGUAAAGCCUUGAUAGAGAACUUACUUGUUGAUGGGAAGGUUGACAUAAAAAACCUGGACACCAUUCUAGACAACAUGGGAAUCAAGCCCACGGAUAAAGAACUUGAAGAUCUGAAACAAAGCCUACCAGUCGGUGGAGAAAAGAUUGAUGCUGGUGAUCUACAGAGUAUUCUAAAACACAUGGGGAUCGAGCUUACAGAUAAGGAGCACAAGCAACUGCUAAAAACAUUGCCCAUUGAUGGUAAGCCACGUAAAUGCCACAUGCCUUCCAGGAAACUUAAUUUAAUGGGCCUGUGUAAGCAGCUCUCAAUCUUUUAAUAGGAUAAUUUCUCCUAAAAAUGCCAUAGGUUAAUAGAAAGGCACUUUUGACUUGAAAAGAAAUUGUCAUUACCUCUUCGAAUACAAUUUGAGUCAUCUCUAUGUUGUCAAAUAGUUGUCUAGGUGACAAAUAUUACUCCCUCAGGUUAGUAUUAAGUUUACAAUCUGAGCAGUGAAAAAGAGAGGAAUAGAACAACACUAGAAUAGAAAGAAGAAGGAAGUAUUUGAUACAUGUUUUAGUGUUCCAACAUAGAAGAGACAGACUAAUAAAUGUCUGUAAUACCAAAGAAUGAAUAGGUUUGUCACUGUGUAUUUCCAUUCUUAAAUGUCAAUAUUGUGUGACUAUAAAAUAGAUUAAUUUUAAAAGCAAAUCAUUAAAAUGUAUCUUUCUGCAGUUCUCUAAUUUGUAAUGUUUUGGUGAAUCUCCAUUAUUAAUUUCCCAGAGAUCUGAAUUGUACCUUUUCUUACAGCUAAUGGAAAGGUGUUCCUAAAUAGGUUGCUGAAAGAUGUGACGUAUAAUAAGCGUGAGUAAGCUCAAUGAGAACAUAUAUGAAAAUUUUAAAGUGUUAAAUUUAUGUUAAUAGAAUAUUUUAUUUUGCUUAUUGUGACACAUCUCUAUUUUUUCUGGUAAUAGCCUAUACUUUAUCUUAGAAGGAAAUUCUCUACUGCUUUGUAAUUUUCAAACUUUCUCUGAAAAACCAUUCCUGUGAACAUAAAUAAAAGAAAGAUAUAUAGACAGACAGAAAGAAGGAAACACAGGAAGACAGGAAGGGAAGGAAGAAGGGAGUGAGGGAAAUGUUUGGCUAUAUAUUCUAAAAUUUGACCAGAAAUGGUGAAAAUCUGAGAGUGAGAGUUUAGGAAACAUACAAUCUCUUUUUUGUAGAAAUUAUAGAUUAGUGCUCUCAGGUUAUGGUUGCUUAACCCCUGCACCACAUAACCUUUCCAUGGGUAGGUAUGUUUAAGGGUUGAGGAAACAGGUUCUAAUUUUAACUCUGCUUUUAACCUCUGUGGAGUAGAACAAAUCAACAAAUCUACUAUACUUUUGUUCUUUUCAUGAAAAUAUUAGCAAUUGUUAUAAAGGUUAUAAAGUUGUUCUCUUUUAAAUUACUAUACAGACAGUCAUUUACUAUGACAGCAAAUAUAUAUACACCAGACAGCAAUUGUAUAUAUAUACAUAUAUAUAAAUAUACAUACACUUGACAGUAAAUAUUUAUAUAUGUGUAUAUAUGUACAUAUAUAUGGGGUUAAUAUUCAGUUGUAUAAGAAACUU